GACGCAAUUAGGAGCGUCUCACCACCACCACCACCUAUAUCUAUCUAUCGCCAUUCGCCCCACCACCUAAAAAUUCCCCGGGCACCUACCCUUCCUCAAUCCUCAUCCCAAUCCACAAAACAAAAAACUUUCGUUUCUCUAUUCGAAUCUUGCUUCUUCUUCUUCUUGUUCUUUUUCUUCUUCUUCCCGUCAUCUCCAUAAAACCAAGAAAAGAAUCUCUGCGAAAUUGCAGCGCCCUUCAUUAUUCGAGGUUGGUCUGCUUCAUGCUUGCUUGCUAUCCCUAUCUAUCGGCUUUUCUCUUGGGUGGGUUGAGUGCGUUCCUUGGGCUGGCUGGAUUUAUUCUGGGAUCCCGGGGAUACAUUGCCUCCUCCUUGCACCUUGCACCAUAGCUUCUUUGCCUGCUCCUCAUGCGCUCCGUUCGGUUAAUCCAAAGAUUCGCCAUUUCUCUUUGCUCCUACAUGUGAGAUUCCUUUCUUUCCGGUUCAAGCUUGGCAUUCGAAUUCCUCAUUUCUUGAGCGGUGUCGGAGUAAGGGGAAUGUCUUUCCGGAGCCUAAUUCAGGACAUGAAGGACGAGUUCGGCAAUAUCUCGCGCCACGGUCUGCGCUCCUCCCGCUCGCACCGCGCCGCCGCCGGGGCCGGGGCCCCGCGGGGGGCCUCCGUCGGGCUGGGGUUGGCAGACGCGCUGGAAGGGACCUGCUGGGCGCAGCUGCCUCCGGAGCUCCUGCGGGAGGUGCUGGUCAGGAUCGAGGACUCCCAGGGCUGCUGGCCCUCCCGCCGGGACGUGGUGGCAUGCGCCGGCGUCUGCCGGGCAUGGAGGGGCAUCAUGAAGGAGGUCGUGCGCGUCCCGGAGGCGUCCGCCAAGCUCACCUUCCCUAUCUCGCUCAAGCAGCCUGGCCCAAAGGAUGGCACUCUCAAAUGUUUCAUAAGAAGAAACCGGACUACUCAGACGUAUUAUCUGUAUAUUGGACUCACAGAAGCACUGGCUGAUGAUGGGAAGUUCUUGCUUGCUGCACGCAAAUGCAGAAAGCCUACAUACAUUGACUACCUAAUUUAUCUUGAUAUGGGUGAUAUGUCAAAGGGAAGCAGCACCUAUAUUGGCAAGCUAAGGUCGAACUUUCUGGGAACAAAGUUUACCGUCUAUGAUGCUCAUCCACCGUAUGAUGGAGCUGUCGUCUCAAAAAGCCGGUCUGCUCGUGUGAUUGGUUUGAACCAGGUCUCCCCAAGAGUUCCUGCUGGCAAUUAUCCAGUUUCACACAUUUCUUAUGAGUUGAAUGUUUUGGGCUCCAGAGGUCCAAGAAGGAUGAACUGUGUUAUGAGUUCUAUCCCUGCAUCAGCAGUUGAAGAGGGAGGCAAAGCUCCAACACAAACUGAAUUUCCUCUUGGUAACCUCGACUCCUUCCCGUCGAUUCCAUUCUUCAGAUCAAAAUCCGCUCGGAUAGACAGUGCACCCACUCAGGCUCAGGACGAAGAGAAGCUGGUGCUGAAGAACAAGUCUCCUCGGUGGCAUGAGCAGCUGCAAUGUUGGUGCCUCAAUUUCCGUGGGCGGGUGACGGUUGCGUCAGUUAAGAACUUUCAGCUGGUGGCUUCAGAUGAGAAUGGAGCAGCUGGUCAGGAGCAUGACAAGGUGAUUCUGCAGUUUGGAAAGAUAGGCAAAGACUUGUUCACCAUGGACUACCGCUACCCGAUAUCAGCAUUUCAAUCAUUUGCAAUAUGUCUGAGCAGUUUUGAUACCAAAAUUGCUUGUGAAUGAGACAAGGUGCUGGGGAAAAUCUUGGCAGCUGGAAGGAGGGAGGAAAACUGAAGCACAAGUAUUGGGUAGACCGUCGCCUCAAGUUUGUCCAGUGGUGUAUAUAUAUAAUAUAAUAUAUAGCUAUCUCUCUAUCUAGUUUAUUUUCCUAAAACCUAGACUCUGUAUAUCUAUCCCCACUUCACAGUGAUGCAGACUUGUUUGUGUGGCAUUGCCAAACCUGAUGAGUUUAUUUAUGUACUCCAUCCACAUGGAAGGAGCAACGUUGCAACUCCGCAGGUCCGGAGGGAGGGAUAGCCGUAUUAUUAUUUUAUAAAACAUAACGGUUCUUCU